AAGCUCUAUAUAAAGCAUUACAUCAUCUUCAUAGUGCUUUAUCUCUACCACACAACUACAACAAACCAUACUAAUAACAACAAAAGCAGAACACCAAAGAAAAAAAGUAGCUUCAAUGGCGGAAACACUAGCUCAAACAACAACCCAUGUAGCCAUACUACCGAGUCCAGGCAUGGGCCACCUCAUCCCACUCGUCGAGUUAGCAAAACGACUCGUUCAUCAACAUAAUAUUUCCAUCACCUUCAUCGUCCCAUCAAAUGGUCCGCCUUCAAACGCUCAAAAAUCCGUUCUUCAAUCACUUCCGGCCGCCAUAACGUCUGUAUUUCUUCCGCAAGCAGAUUUAUCAGACGUACCAACUGAUGCAAAAAUAGAAACUGUAAUUUCCCUUACUAUUUCUCGCUCGCUGGCUUCUCUCCGCCACGAGCUGAAGUCCAUCGUUUCGACGACGGGGCUCGCUGCUUUGGUGGUGGACCUUUUCGGGACGGAUGCAUUUGACGUCGCUAGAGAAUUUAACGUUUCUCCGUUCAUUUUUUUUCCUUCUACGGCUAUGGCUUUGUCUUUGUUUUUUUAUCUGCCUGAGCUUGAUAAAAAUGUUUCAUGUGAGUUUUAUGAGCUACAAGAACCCGUUAAAAUUCCCGGGUGUGUACCCGUUCCCGGGAAUAAAUUACUUGACCCGGUUCAAGAUCGGAAUAGUGAUGCGUAUAAACGGGUUCUUCAUCAAGCAAAGAGGUUUAGAUUAGCUGAUGGUGUGAUGGUUAAUAGUUUCACGGACUUGGAAGAAGGGGCAAUUAAAGCUUUACAAGAGAAAGAUCCAUCGGGUAAGCCACCGGUUUAUCCGGUUGGUCCGCUUGUGAAUAUGGGUUCGACCCGUCCUAGUAAUAAGGAGGAGGAUGCAGAAUGUUUGAGGUGGCUGGAUGAGCAGCCACAUGGCUCCGUUUUAUUCGUUUCAUUUGGAAGUGGUGGGACCCUUUCUUAUGAUCAGAUCAAUGAGUUAGCUUUGGGAUUAGAAAUGAGUGGGCAGAGAUUCUUAUGGGUCGUAAAAAGUCCGAAUGAUGGAGUUGCUAACGCAACUUUUUUCAGUAUCCAAAGUCAAAAUGACCCGUUGGAUUUCUUACCCAAAGGGUUCAUGGUUCGGACCCGAGGGCGCGGUCUGGUAGUUCCAUCAUGGGCACCACAAGCACAGGUAUUGAGCCACGGCUCGACCGGUGGGUUCUUAACUCAUUGUGGAUGGAACUCUACACUUGAAAGUGUGGUCAAUGGCGUGCCGUUAAUCGCAUGGCCUCUAUACGCUGAGCAGAAAAUGAACGCCGUCAUGCUAACGGAGGAUAUCAAGAUUGCUAUUUCACUGAAAAAUAGUGAUAGCAGCAGCAUAAUCGGGAGAGAAGAGAUCGCAAAUGUAGUUAGAAGUUUAAUGGAAGGCGAACAAGGAAAAAAAGUUCGUAAUAGAAUGAAGGACUUAAAAGACGCAGCAGCGAUGGCCAUAGGUCAUAAUGGUUCAUCCACACGAGCGCUAUCUGAUAUAAUUCUCAAGUGGAAAAACUCGAAACGUAAUUAAUUCCAAUGCACAAUAAUUUAAAAAAUAUGUGUGUUCGAUAUAUCUUUAUUAACAUCAUGAGAUUAAACUUUUAGACAAUGUUCUUCCCAAAAGAUAAAACAACUGCAAUUAAUUCUGUAUAAUCUCUCAUAAUUUAGUUAUUUUUGUUUUCUCUAUUUAGACAUAAACAGUACUAGUUGUAAUUAUUUUCUACUUUUCUUCA